GAUUGCUAUUGUUUACUCUCAAAGGAAAGGCAGAGGAAAAAAAGAAGAGGAAAAAGUGAAGGAGGAAGAAGAAGUGUUGGCAGUACCCAAAUUGCCUGGAGAAGGGAACUAUGAUAAAGAGUGGUACCCUCCAGCUGAUUCUGACUUCUGUGUUUAUGUGUAUGAAGUGACCAAAUCAAUUCUUCCCAUAACCAAUAUUAAGGAACAGAUUGAGGUUCUUGCAAAGUAUGUGGCAGAAAAAAUGGGCGGUAAAAUUCCGAAAGAGAAACUCCACGAUUUCGGCUGGGAGCUUCACAUAAGUGAACUAAAAUAUCAACUUAAAUCUAAUGUUGUACCAAUUGGACAGAUCAAAAAAGGAACCUUCUACCAUCGAGCCUUGCUUUUCAAGGCUCUGGCUGAUAAAAUUGGCAUCGGCUGCUCUCUGGUUCGCGGGGAGUAUGGCAGAGCUUGGAAUGAAGUUAAGCUGAUGAAUGAAUCUCGUAAGGGAGCGAUUGGGGGUCUGCCUCCUCCCGAGGUAUACAUAGUUGACCUCAUGUUCCAUCCAGGAGGACUGAUGAAGUUGAGAAGUAGAGACGCAGAUCUGUAUAGAUUUCUUUAAACCAUCAAAUGAACACAAAAAGGGUUCAAGCCAGAAAUUCAUUAUAUGCAUUUUCUACGGAGUUCACCAAUUGAUUUUGUUUCUUUAAAUAGAAGUAUUAGAAAUGCUCUCUCUGUGUAGAAAUGAGGAGAAUUGGAUCAAACUUGGUUGUGCUUCUGAUUCCGGGCUUUUGGGAAGAGUUCAGUCUGAUUAGAUCAUAUUAUGGGCACUGUCCCUCAUGGAAAGCCUAUUAUUGUCAAAAUUAGUCCAACCCACUAUUUCCUAAGGGGCAUCUCUGCCUGUUGGGAAUCAUGUGGAAAAGCAUCCAGCUGCUAUUCUCAAGACAACACCAUGGCCUCAUGACUGUCAUUCUUCAUACCCAGAAUGCUUCAGGAACACUUGGUUAAAUAAAUUCCAUGUUUUUUUAUUGUCUUCAGUCACUUUGUCCCACUUUCAUAAAGUAAGAUUAUUGAUAGUUUGAUUAUUAUAGCUCUAUUUUAGUAUUAUAAAUUCUUUCUACAAAUUUUUUGUUCGCAUUUCUUAAAACUUACGAUUAAGUAGGCUAUUUAAUAUACUUCACUGAACUAAAAAUAUUUCUAAAAGUGAUUUCUAUAAACUGUCUUUGUCUUGUCUGUGUUGACUUGGAAAUAUGCCUUCAAUUCAAAACAAUUCUGAUUUGCUUCUACACAUUUUAAUGCUGGGUCACAAACUAUUAUUUUAAAUUUAUAUCACUUAAAAAUUCUUCUUUUCUAGAAAAUUUUGAAAUAUAGAAAUAGAGUAAAGCUUUACUCAGGAAUUGCGUUUUCGAUAUUGAGCACAAAAUGGGAGAGACAUGCAUUUCAAAUGGUAAGAGAAAUAAAAACAAGUAAUAUGAUGAAUCUCAUCAAGUAUUUAUUUCCUCGUCAGGCUGUAAGUCUAAAAUUUACUUGUGUAAUCAUUUUACUAGAAGGUUUUUAAAAGUGAGUUUGAUUUUAGAAAUUAAGGCUAAGAUUAUUCUGUAUGUAAUUUCAAAGAAUGUACAAUUCUUUAUUUCAAAAUAAAGUUCUUUAUAUCA